GUUGGGUUUGUUUUUAUAUUCAGACACUGUAUUGCCUGUCCAACUCAGUUUUAUUGUAAAGUUUAGUGUAGUAAGUCCAUAAAAAAGUCUUCUAAAAAAUCUAAAGUAAAAAAAUUAUAUAUAAUCGGAAAUCGAGUGCUUCCGCAAUAAGCAAAAGUCCAGACAGGCAGUAAAAAAUUACAGAUUGCAAGUCUUAGGAUAAGUUUAAGCUUUCGAGAUGGGACCUAAGAAGAAGUCGGUAGCGGUUGCAAUUGCCGAACCUCCACCGGAAGCCAAAAAGGAGACAAAAGCCCCGCCCAAGAAGGAACCCCUUCCCAUCUUCGUAUUCGACGUUAUCGUCACCAAUGUGCAGGCCAAAAAUACAGAGUUCACCAAUCCCGCCAAACUGGAAAUCACUGCCAACUUUUUCAAGACUCAAUUUCCACUCACGCCCAGUCAGAUAAAUGUCACGGAAUUCAAGGCUGGCGCCGGUCUUACCUUCCAAAAGGAACCGAAGGAGAUCCGCAAGAAUGUGAACGAGUGCGGCAUAUCCUUCACGGUGACGUACAGCAAAAAGGUGAUUGGCUCUGGCCAGGCCUCCUUUCCGCCCAGCGUAGUCGAUACAAUCGAGAAGGACAUGACCGAUAUCCUGCACUCGGACGUCAUCAACCUGGCUUCCAGUGGCGAAGUGACCGGCAAACUGGAGUUUCUCUGCCGACUGGUCAUCAUGUGUAUUGCUGACGAACCCGAAACCGUAUGCAGUCGCAAUAUGGACAGGAGCAUUAAUCCACAGGACAUCAUGUUUGUGAUGGGCGAGUCGCAGGUGUGUCCCAGUGCUUGCGAACCCUGUCAGAAUGAUUUGGAGGAGGAGGAGGGCGACGAGCGCCUCAAGCUGGACCUAGAUCGAUAUCGCAGUCAGGGCGGCGGCAUUAAGCCCUACAACAUGAUGACGGACAAUGGAUCCGGCAUUGCAGCUUGCUGUGAACUAAAGAAAAUGGCCAUCGAGUACGAGCAGAUGAUCGAUACGAUAACCCGGCGGACGGGAAUGCCUCCGCCCAAGCCUCCUUGUCGUGAUCCUGACGAGGUGAACAGCUUCGGGAUGAAUCCCUGCUGGUGCCGUCCUGAACCACCUGAGUUUCUAGAACUGCCGGAGAAGCCGGACAAGCCGUGCUUCGUCUACCUGCCGGCCACCCAAGAUCAGGAGCCGGUUUGCGACAAGAACCUCAAUCCGGUGCCCAUUGCCGACUGCGACGGCCAGAAGCCGGACAUCAAGCCCAUCCGCUUCUGUCCGGUCUGUCUGACCAACAUGUCCUGGAUGCCGAAGUUCGCGGCGUGCCCCAAGUGUGGGAUCAAACCAAUGCCCGUGGUGGAGGAUCGCCACAAGGAGAAGAAGCUGUCGGCGGAUGAGAUCCUGCUCGAGUAUUUGGGCAAGGGGCCGGCCACCUUGGACGACUACUGCGUCGAUCCCUGUGACAAGGCCAACAGAGAGAAGGAUAAGGCAGCCGAGGAUGAGGAGUGUCCACCAUGUCGCUGCACCUGCAAGUUCGGCAAGAUGUGUGCCCACUGUCGCAUCCGAAAAUUGUGCGCCGACAUAUUCAAGAGCGAUCAGAUGGGGCCCAAGUGCCCGAAGGUGGAGCCCAAGGAUUCGGAGGACUACUGCGUGGUGAACAAGAGCUCCGACGACUGCCGACCUUACCUGGCCAAAGUCUUCUCGGAGCUGCGCGAUCUCUACGACAUCAAGGACACCAAGAAGAUGUCCGAGCUGGACGAGAACUGUGAUCGGGCGGUGCCCAAGACGGAUAAACCCGGAAAGCCAGAGCCCAAGAAGAUCGAGGUUAAUCAGGCACCACGCAAGGCACCCUACGUACCGCCCAACAACAAGGGACACAUCUCCAGCAGACACAAGCAGUGCGUCCUCCAGUCGGGAUUCGUGUCCCGGCGACAUGGUUGGGCCUGGAGCAAAAGCUGGGAGGCCAAGAAGUUGGGCUGGCGACCGGGCGCCAUUCGCAAGCCCAUCAAGCACCUCAUGAAGUUCUUCCUGGACCGACCUGCCCAGGAGACGGCCUUCGCCAAGUGCAAGGACACGGAGACCUUGGAGCGGGAAAAGGAAUUGGCCUCGCCGGUUCUGAACAUUAGCAAGAAGAAUGGCGAGAUCUUCAUCACCCUGCGACCUUUAACGCCUUUGGGAGUUCGCCAGAAGCCCAUCACCUUCAGGAUUGUGAAGAGCGAACUCGCGGUGGCUCUGCGCGAGAUCAAGAGGAAGCUGAAAGACAAGGGCUUCCACAAGUGCUCCUGCCACCAGACACUGAUGAUGUGCCAGUGCCGGAAUCCCGUCGAAAAGGUCCAUCUGCAAAGGGCCCUUAACAAGGAGUGCCGACGUCAUGGCAUUCCUCCAGCUGGCGACCAUCUGGUGCUCACUGACACCAGCGAAAGCGACAUGGAGUUCGACUUUGAUGUCACUCCACCCGCGGGAACGGAGCAACCGUAUCAGCCUCCGCCGCCGGAAACGGUGAACCAUGGCACCCAGACCUCCAAGAAGGACCAGAUGCCUCUUCCUCCGAAGUAUCCCAUCGCGGUGCCACCUUACUACAGAGGAUUCGACUGCGCCGUGGGAGAUCGCUAUAUGGGCACGGCCUUUGGUUGGCCGGGUGAAUUGGUCUUCGAGGAUGGGGUUUUCGGACUGAUGGGAGGCGGACCGCACGGACCCAAUCCGAUGCCCUGCGGAAGACCCCGGGUGCCAGGAGCUUGGGGUGGUGGAGGUGUUGGUGGAGGAGGUGGUGCAGGAGGUUUCGGUGGCGGCGCAGGCGGAGGUGGAGGAGUCUUUGGUGGCGGAAGAGGACGAAGAAUGGGUGGUCCCGGGGGUCCUGGAGGACCUGGAGGCCCCGGUGGCAUGGGCGGAGCCUGGAAAGGAUUCCCAGCCGCCGCCGCCGGCGCUGGAAAACCAAAGGGUGCCAAAGCCGAACCGAUACCAGUGCGCUUCCCAAAGCGAUUUCUCAAACCCGCCGAGGAUGCAGCCAAGGCGGCCAAACAGGCGGAGAAGGACGCGGUGGAGGCAAAGAAGAAGGGCAUCAACAUGAUCAAGUAUCUGCAGAAGAAGGGCACACUGGUCCGCCCGUGGAAUCCCCAAGAGGGCAAGGACAAGAGGCCCAGACCCAAGCCGGCUAAAGUGGCCGGGGAUGAUGGUUUGAAUGACUUCCAAAGGAAGCGCAAAUUCCUCCUCGAUGGUCCACCUCCAAAUUAUUCUCAGCUUCCAAGGCGGGGCAAAGGAUACAACCCCUGCAUUCCCUAUCGCCUCGAUAUUGUCUGCUAAAAGCGUGUUAAUUUUCACGAAAUUUUUAAAAUUGCUCUUUCAAAUAUAACGUCUCGUAUAUUUUAUCAUA